GGUUUGACGGUGGUGAAUAGUGCAGGGGAGUGGAGAGAGACGCUGGGAGAGGACUCAAAACUCACACACACAUUCACACUCUCACACACACACACGAACGCACAGACACACUCGACACACACUUGGAGGAAAAGGACGCACUAAAAGACGCACGAAGGGCUUUCUUUUUCACUGAUAUUCCGCGCUUUCUCUCUCUCUCUCGCUCGUUCAACGGCAGGAGAAAGAGAAAAGUUUCCAGAAAGAGAGGAAGAGGAGAGGAGUGUCGCUCGGUCGGAGCACGCAAAGACAAGCCCGCGCUCUUUUGACUCUUGUCCUGGAAAUAAUUUUUCAAUUUCUUUUUUUUUUUUUUGUUUAGAGUAUUUUUGAAUGUUACGCGCCUUGCUGUCCUGGGGGGAUUCCGUCUGUGCGGGCUUUCCUUUUCUGCACAAAUCCACACGCCAGCCUCUGUGUUGAUAAACAGGGAAAGACAAGAAGACGGAGAACCGGACCAAAAGGGGGCCAAAAACUCACCAGGUAUGGCGGCGGUGUUGCCGAGAACCCUGGGUGAGCUGCAGCUCUACCGCAUCCUGCAGCGAGCCAACCUGCUCUACUACUACGAGGCCUUCAUCCAGCAGGGCGGCGACGACGUGCAGCAGCUGUGCGAGGCCGGCGAGGAGGAGUUCCUGGAGAUCAUGGCGCUCGUGGGCAUGGCCAGCAAGCCGCUGCACGUGCGGCGCCUGCAGAAGGCGCUGCGCGACUGGGUCACCAACCCGGCCGUCUUCAACCAGCCUCUCACCUCGCUGCCCGUCUGCAGCAUCCCCGUCUACAAGCUGCCCGAGGGCUCGCCCACGCUCCUCGGCGCCCAGGACCGAUCCAACACCGCCAGCGUCAAGAUGCCAAAAGCUGCCACCACCACCGCUGCCGCUUGCUCCGACCCAGGGAAGCUGGACGUGGCGCGGGACAAAGUGACGGCCGGGUCGCCUCUGCAGGGUGGCAGCGAGGCUCGAUUCUGGUCGGGCCACAGCAACGACAGCGAGCACAGCCUGUCGCCGUCGGACCUGGGCUCCCCGUCCUCGCCGAGAGACGCGCUGGAAGCUCUGGACGCCGCGGCGGUCCAGUCGGUCCUGGAGUGCGUGGACAGGAUGGCGCCGGGGCUUCCCAAGACGGACUUAUCCGAGGUCAAAGAGCAGUUGAAGAACAACAAGAAGCUGGCGAAGAUGAUCGGACACAUCUUUGAAAUGAGCGACGACGAGCCGCGGCGGGAAGAGGAGAUCCGGAAAUACAGCGCGAUCUACGGACGCUUUGACUCCAAGAGGCGGGACGGGAAACACCUGACGCUGCACGAGCUGACGGUGAACGAGGCAGCGGCCCAGCUCUGCAUGAGAGACAUGGCUCUGCUGACGCGUCGGGACGAGCUGUUCGGACUCGCCCGCCAGAUUUCCAGAGAGGUCACUUACAAAUACACCUACCGCACCAGCAAGUCUCGCUGCGGAGACAGAGACGAGCCGUCCCCUAAAAGGAUUAAAACAGAGGAGAACUUCUUCGACAUCCAGGAGGCGCUGCAGGCCAUCCACAUGAGGCAGGAGAUGCUGCGGGAGCAGCUGGCCUGCGCCAAGUCCAAGGGGGAAGAAACCGUCGGACGAAAUCUGCAGAUGCAGCUGGAGCGUCUGCUGGCCAGGCAGAUGGAGAUCCUGCAGGACGCCGCCGUCCAGGAGCGCCUCCAGGCUCUGGACUGGAGGAUCCCCCCCGCCGCCCUAAAGUACCUCAGCGAAUCCCAGAACACCAACGGAGCCGACGCCAGCAGAGACAGCCAAGAUGAACGACCAAUCAACUUGCGUGUGGUCAGUCAGAACAUGCAGGAAGGCGACCUCCCAUUGGGCAAGCAGCUAGCCAAUGAACUGAAGCGCCAUCACAACCACAACAACAACAACCACAACAACAACAACAACAGCAACACAGAAGAGACCAAAACAUCAGCCACAGAAAACGGGACGUCGCAGCGAGCGUCCAGCAACCCAGAGAAGAAGACCAUAAAGUCAGAGCCGGAAGACUCCACAUAGUGCCUCCCGCCUCGCCCUACCACCAACCCCCACACGCCCCCCCCCCCCCCAAUUCAUUUUACUCACACUUGACAGUAUGCAGUUAUUACCCAUCAAAUAGAUACUAAGCAAGCACAGCCACAGUAGAGCCUUAACAACCAAUGUUGCCUCAUGAAUAGCAUUUAUUUUUCUUUGAUUUUGUCUUUCUGUUUUGACGGUAUUCGCCAAAGCAUCUAGAGAGCAUGUCAAGAAGCCCCUCAGUGUUCUCUGGGUCUCUGUCUGUUGAUUAACUGUACACAUAAGAUGUACAUGUAAUUUAAGAGUGAUCUGUUUGUGUACUUUUUAUGUCUCCCUGGGUGUUAUAUUUGUUGCUUUCUUUGCACAGCCAGGUUCAGGCUGUGAUGCCGGGGGCUGAGUCGUAACUCAAACGUAGAUUCAGAGAUGAGAUAAAAGCAGAAAUGUCUGCCUUUUUCACUGCACGUCUUCAGCAUCUUGGUAACACUUUAUAUGACUACAUGUGUAGCCAAUAUUUUUCUUCACUCACUUGGACCUUAAAACUGAAGCUACAGAUUCGGCCAAUAUUCCAUCUAAAAAUUUCAAUUUCAAAAUAUUUCCAGUGUCCAGUGUUUGUCCCUUAGAAGGUAAUGCCACCCACUUUGAUCCAGACUGAAAUAUCUU